AUGGAGCUGCGGCCGUUGGUCAUGUGCUUUGCGCUGUGCAUGGUCUAUGCCUCCAGUAAACCCACCAUCGAGAAGAAGGACCGUGUCCACCAUGACGACCAGCUUAGCAACCGCAACCAUGAUGACGCAAAUAACUUUGAUUAUGACCAUGAAGCAUUUCUUGGACAGGAAGAGGCCAAGACCUUUGAUCAGCUCACACCUGAAGAGAGCAAGGAGAGACUGGGGUAACACACACCCACACACAGGAACUCACUAAACUGCUGCAUCUUGUUUAGAAGCGAGAUAAAUUGAUUCAUAUAGAAGAUAUGAAAAGAUGAAUUAACACCCUUCAUCUCUCUCUCCCUACAGUAUGUUGGUAGAGCGUAUAGAUGAGGACAGGAAUGGCUAUGUGUCAGUAGAGGAGAUGAAGAAGUGGAUCAAACACAGUCAGAAGAGGUGGAUCUAUGAUGAUGUGGACCGCCAGUGGAAAGGUCACGACCUUAAUGGAGAUGGACUGGUGUCCUGGGAGGAGUACAAGAAUGCUACGUACGGAUACAUACUGGGUACAGACACACACUCUGAAAGGAGUACAAGAAUGUAACCUACGACACCUGACAAGUGCCUUUUUACUUGAAGGUCUGACUUAAACUGUUCUAAUUGGUGUGUGCCCCUAAGAUGACUCAGACCCAGAAGAUGGCUUCAGCUACAGACAGAUGAUGUCACGCGACGAGAGGAGAUUCAAAAUGGCCGACCUGGACGCGGACCUGAAGGCCAGUAAAGAGGAGUUUACAGCCUUCCUCCAUCCUGAGGAGUACGACCAUAUGAAGGAUAUAGUUGUACUGGUGGGUCACACACACACACACACAGAGUAUUUAUUUUGUAAUAUACACACAAUUUCUUUGUCUAAGGUAGCCAGCCAGUAACAUCUUUGUGCCAAUACCCUCUCCUGUAGGAGACCAUGGAGGACAUUGAUAAAAACGGAGACGGCUUCAUAGAUCUGGAGGAGUACAUAGGUGAGUUAUAACCUGUAAUAAACACCUGAAGGAGUACAUGGGUGCAUUAUUACCUGUAAUAACACCUGGAUCAGUACAUGGAGGACACGUAGUUAUAACAUGUCAUCAGCGUCUCUCUCUUUUCCUCCCCUCCUCUCUUCCCUCUCUCCUCCCCCUCCUCUAGGAGACAUGUAUAACCAGGAGGAUCCUUCAGAGCCAGAGUGGGUGAAGACAGAGAGAGAACAGUUUACUGAGUUCAGAGACAAAAACAAAGAUGGCCUCAUGGACAAGGAGGAGACCAGAGACUGGAUCCUCCCCUCAGACUACGACCACGCAGAGGCUGAAGCCAAACACCUGCUCUACGAGUCAGAUAAUGACAAGGUGUGUGUGUGUGUGUGUGUGUGUGUGUGGGCAUGCACUGAAACAGAGCGCAUCUAACCAAAGAUUGUGUUUUCUCUCCCCCUCUCUCUGUAGGAUGGCCGUCUGACCAAGGCAGAGAUCGUAGAAAAGUAUGACCUCUUCGUUGGCAGCCAGGCUACUGACUUUGGAGAAGCUUUGGCAAGACACGAUGAAUUCUAA